GGUUACCAGGGUAUGGUGGAUGGUGGGAAAUACAUUGUGGAAGCCAAUUGGCAAGAUGUCUCGAGCAUCUUGCAAGUGGGUGGGACAGUUAUUGGAAGCGCACGCUGUAAAGAAUUUCGUACCCGCGAGGGUCGUCUCCGGGCUGCCAACAACCUCAUCCAGCAUGGCAUAACAAACUUGUGUGUGAUUGGUGGAGAUGGUAGCUUAACUGGCGCAAAUUUUUUCCGUCAAGAAUGGCAAGGAUUACUGCAGGAGCUCAUUCAGCAAGGUAAAAUCGAUAAAGCAGCAGCUCAGAAGUACAGCCACUUAAACAUAGUAGGCAUGGUUGGAUCGAUUGACAAUGAUUUCUGUGGAACAGAUAUGACCAUCGGUACAGACUCUGCUUUGCACCGGAUUAUUGAAGUGGUGGAUGCCAUCAUGACCACUGCUCAGAGUCAUCAGAGGACAUUUGUGCUGGAAGUGAUGGGUAGACAUUGCGGAUACCUAGCUCUAGUAAGUGCCUUGGCCUGCGGUGCAGACUGGGUUUUCAUCCCUGAAAGCCCUCCAGCAGACGGCUGGGAGGAUCAGAUGUGCCAGAAACUCUCAGAGAGCCGCUCCCGGGGCACCAGGUUGAACAUUAUCAUAGUUGCAGAAGGAGCCAUUGACAGACACAGAAAGGCAAUUCCUUCCAGUGUUGUUAAGGAUAACCGUGCCCGAAAGAAAAGGCUGAAUAUUAUAAUUAUAUCGGAAGGGGCAAUAGAUUGUUACAACAAACCUAUAACCUCUGACAUGAUUAAGGAUCUUGUAGUCAAACGAUUGGGAUUUGACACACGUGUGACCAUCUUGGGGCAUGUCCAGCGAGGUGGUACGCCUUCUGCAUUUGAUCGAAUCCUGGCCAGCAGGAUGGGAGUAGAAGCUGUAGUUGCCUUGUUAGAAGCUUCACCAGAGACACCAGCCUGUGUUGUUUCACUUUCUGGGAAUCAAGCCAUCCGAGUCCCCCUAAUGGAGUGCGUACAGAUGACUCAAGAAGUCCAAAAGGCUAUGGAUGAAGGGAAGUUUGAUUCAGCAGUGAAACUGCGAGGCAGGAGUUUUGAGAACAAUUUAAGGACUUAUAAGUUAUUGGUACACAAGAAACCGGAUAAUGAGCAGACACGCAGCAACUUCAAUGUGGCAGUCCUGAACGUGGGUGCCCCGGCAGCUGGCAUGAAUGCAGCUGUUCGUUCUGCAGUGAGGACUGGCAUCUCCCAAGGUCACACGAUGUUUGCAGUUGCUGAUGGGUUUGAGGGUUUCAUAAAAGGGCAGAUCAAAGAAAUUAAAUGGAGCGAUGUUGGAGGCUGGACAGGUCAAGGUGGUUCGCUUUUGGGUACUAAACGUACCCUUCCCGUAAAGAAUGCAGAAGCCAUUGCUGAGCAAAUACGUUUGCAUAAUAUCAAUGCUCUUCUGCUUAUUGGUGGCUUUGAGGCAUACCUGGGACUUUUGGAACUGUCAGCUGCACGUGCCAAGUAUGAUGAGUUCUGUAUCCCCAUGGUUAUGGUUCCUGCCACUGUCUCCAACAAUGUACCUGGCUCAGACUUCAGCAUUGGUGCAGAUACUGCCCUGAACGCUAUAACUGAUACGUGUGAUCGCAUCAAGCAGUCAGCGAGUGGAACAAAACGUCGAGUAUUCAUUAUUGAGACAAUGGGAGGCUACUGUGGUUACCUAGCGAGCAUGAGUGGCCUUUCUGCUGGUGCUGACGUUGCUUACAUCUUUGAGGAGAAAUUUGAUAUACGAGAGUUACAGUCUAAUGUUGAACACUUAACAGAAAAGAUGAAAACAAAUAUCCAACGGGGUUUAGUACUCAGAAAUGAAAACUGUAAUGAAAAUUACACAACAGACUUCAUCUACCAGUUAUACAGUGAAGAAGGAAAAGGGGUGUUUGACUGCCGGAAAAAUGUCCUGGGUCAUAUGCAGCAGGGUGGAUCACCAUCUCCAUUUGAUAGAAACUUUGGAACUAAGAUUUCUGCCAAAGCCAUGCAAUGGAUCACAAAUAAACUAACAGAAACCUACAGACAAGAUGAAGGUCGUGUAUUUGCAAAUAGUGCAGACAGUGCAUGUGUACUGGGCAUGCGUAGACGGACCUUGGUGUUCCAGCCUGUGACAGAGCUGCAGGAAGAGACUGAUUUUAAGCAUCGAAUUCCAAAGGAGCAAUGGUGGCUGAAGCUCCGCCCACUGAUGAAGAUUCUAGCUAAAUACAAGGCCAGCCUUGAUGUGUCAGAUGCUGGGCAAAUGGAGCAUGUCAACCGUCGCCUUACACAAGAUUCUCAUCAUUUUAUUGCUAUUUAAAAUUGUGUCAGAAAGACCCAUCAGAUAUGCAUCUGGCUCAAGUAGUCUAAAAGCCGCUAGUGUUUAUAUGGCUCAGCAGAGAAUAAUUGUGAGUUCCGUUUUUUCUGUACCAGUUAAGUGUGUUGUACCAUCAAUUUAGAUUGAAAUAAAAGCAGCCAUCCUGUAACGUCCCUACACAUUUGUUCUAGCUAUUCCCAGUUAUCAGUACCAAGCAGAAAAAUUGGUUUAUUAAUAGUCAAUCCACAUAAAUUGCCUUGUUUGCAUGGAGAAAACAAAUAAACAUAAAACAUUGCUUUUCAUUGCACAGCAUUUCUAUAUUUAUUGUGUAGAUCACCUGUAGAAGAGGCAAUAUAAUUUUGUGAAAGAGAUUCAAAGAUAUAUUUAUGUGAUGAAUGCAAUGAAUGUGGUGUAGUGAAGUGAAUAUAUUGUUUAUUUUCCUCCAGCUUUAAAUAAAAUUGCUAUGGCUGGUCCUACAGAAAA